AUGUCUGCGUGGAGCAGGACCUGGUUGGAGCAGCGAGUUCUCCGAACUAAGGAGGAGGCGAUUGCGUGGGCUCAAUCGGCCGGACUCCUCCUUAGUUCGGUUCAGUGCCGACAGCACCGUGCUCCUAUGGUGUUUUACCCUAACAGAGGGCCCUUUGGGUCAUUUCGGUGCCCAAAGCAUGCGAAACAUCGCAGCUCUGAACCUUCUGAGGUGAGUGCGGCGUCAGGGUCGAUUUUCGAGGACUCGAAAUUGCCCCUUGACAAAGUACUUCGCCUCAUGUUUGAGUGGAGCUGCGAUGCUUCAUAUGAGGUGACCCAUAGAGAGACCGGUGUGAGCUCCCGAACCACGGCCGAUUGGUACCGAGCCAUCCGGGAAUCAAUCACCAUGGCCUUUCUUCAAGACCAAGAUGAUCGGGGGAAAAUCGGUGGGCCUGGCUGCGUGGUUCAGGUGGACGAAGCCAAGUUUGGGCGUCGGAAGUACCACCGUGGCCGGACCAUCGAGGGUCAUUGGGUCUUAGGUAUGAUACAGGACGGCUCCCAAGAUCUACGCUUGGUAGUUUGCCCUGGAAAUUCUAGGACCUCAAAGACCCUUACCCCGAUCAUCGUAGACCAUGUGGCCGAUGACACCACCAUGGGUAUGAGCAUCAUUGGGUCAACCAUCAAGAGAACUUUGUUAAUCCAAGGAAUGGUGCUCAUACCCAAAGGAUCGAGUCCUGUUGGCGUCCGGCGAGAGUCUUCUUCAGGGACCGGAGAAUACCUGAAGAAGAUUUCGCAGACCACUUAG